AUGGCCAUCCCUCGCCCAGAUGUAUCAAUCCCAGAAUACGACACGUUGUCAAUGCAUCCACUGGCCCCAGGCCAUACCCCCGUUAUUCACGACGUUACGCCUGCGAUCGCCAUCGACCCGGUCGCCCUUAUCACGACAGAAUGUAUAACUAUAACGUCGGCCAUGCGCAAGCAUGCUCGGUGGGCGCAGUCGUCGGUAGCCACAAUCUUGGGAGGAGGCGCUUCAAGGCUACAGGAGUCGGAGCUGCGGCGUUCGCCUUCUCAGAGUCGUCGAGGGACCCCGGUGAUCACAGAUCCAGGAAAGACAAAGCCGAAUGCCAAUAACCUCUCGGACGAUGAGAAUGCCAGCCUGGCAAGCCGCUGGGGGCUGCGUGGAAAGAAAGGAAAGAGCCUGCAAGACAACCCCCUCCUGACAGCAUUCUCGAGGUUAAGGCGAGAUUUGGCGGGAUGCAAGGACGUCAGGACCGUGGACGCCCCAGAGCUCCUACACCCCUUUCUACAGGUUAUACGCAGUUCGUCGACCAGCGCUGCCAUCACCAGUCUUGCUGUCAUCUCCAUUACGAAAUUCUUUGCCUACAACAUCAUCACAAUAGAGAGCCCCAGAAUCGGUCCCGCCAUGCAUCUUCUCAGCGCUGCAAUCACCCAUUGUCGAUUUGAGGCUAGUGACACUGCUGCAGAUGAGGUCGUACUGCUGAGGAUAUUGCGGUUGAUGGAGAACAUUAUAUCAAGACCUGAGGGUCAAUUACUCGGUGACGAGAGUAUUUGCGAAAUGAUGAGCACUGGAUUGAGCAUGUGCUGUCAAGCAAGGCUGUCGGAAGUGCUCAGGAGGUCGGCCGAGAUGGCAAUGGUCACCAUGUGCCAGGUCGUCUUCAGCCGGCUGAAGUACAUCAAAGUCGAAGAGCUGCCCAAGAGUAGGAGUCGUUCGGGCACCAAAACCGCCCUGAUAAAUGCUUCUGAAGAUCUGAAAAUUGAGCCACCAAUGACCGGGAGUGUCAUGGGGAAUGGAGAAUCUGUACGGCCCAGUGUCGACGCUGAUCCUCGGCCCAGCUCCGAACCAGCAUCUGAAGUCACAGCUUCCAAGUCGGAGGCACAGAAUACAGCCGCCCCGGUGAACGAAAAGGACGAUGAAAAGGUUGAGCCAUAUUCGUUGCCGUCCAUCAAGGAGCUAUUUCGAGUUUUGAUCGACCUCCUUGAUCCCCAUGACAGGACUCAUACUGAUCCUAUGCGCAUCAUGGCACUGAGGAUAAUUGAUGUUGCGUUGGAAGUCUCGGGACCAUGGAUAGCCAAACAGCCUGCCCUUGCAGCAUUGGUUCAGGACGACUUGUGUCGCCACUUGUUUCAGCUUGUUCGUUCGGACAAUAUGGUUCUGUUGAACAGCUCUCUUCGAGUUGCCGGGACACUGCUUGCUACUUGCCGACAACUACUAAAAUUGCAGCAAGAGUUGUUUUUGUCAUAUCUUGUGGCAUGUUUACACCCUCGCGUUGACAUACCCCAAGAACCAGGAAUUGAUCCAGCGCUUUAUGAAGGCGUACCCCAAGCUCCGAAACUUGUCAAACAGGCUCCAUCCCAAUCCAGCAGUGGGCGAUCUACACCUGUCCCAAUCAAGGAUAGGCAAAAAUUGGGUCUGGAAGGCGGUGCAAGACGACCUGAGGCGCGGGAAGCCAUGGUUGAGGCUAUUGGUACACUGGUACGAAUGCCUAGCUUCAUGGUGGAAUUGUUUGUCAAUUACGAUUGCGACGUUGAUAGACAAGACCUUUGUGAAGACAUGGUUGGUCUGUUAGCACGCAAUGCAUUCCCAGACUCGGCAACAUGGAGCACAACAAACGUACCGCCACUGUGUCUAGACUCCCUAUUGAGCUUUGUCCAGUUCAUGGCGGACAGACUUCACCAGGAAAUACCAACAGAUGCCCAGCAGCGGAUAGAGAAGAUGCAGUUGCAGAGAGCAAGAAAGAAGAUCAUCAAAAGUGGUGCCUCCAAAUUUAACGACGACCCUAAAGCCGGAAUUGCUUACCUGGUGAGAAAUGGUAUCAUUAAGAAUCCCGACGAUCCAUUGCAAGUUGCCCAGUUUUUGAGAGGCACAUCGCACGUUUCAAAGAAGGUAUUGGGCGAGUUUUUGACGAAGAAAACAAACGAGCGGCUGUUGACCGCCUUCAUUGGUUUAUUGAACUUCGAGAACAAACGAAUCGACGAAGCACUUCGAGAAAUGCUUGGUGCUUUCCGUCUUCCGGGCGAAUCGGCGCUGAUAGAACGCAUUAUCAACAUCUUUACGGAUCGGUAUUGCGCAACUGUUAACCCAGAGGAGAUCGAAGAUAAGGAUGCAGCCUUUGUUCUCACCUAUGCGAUCCUCAUGCUGAAUACUGAGCUGUAUAAUCCCAACGUCAAGCCGCAAAACCGCAUGGGCUUUGAAGGCUUUUCCAGGAAUCUGAGAGGUGUCAAUUCAGGGAAGGAUUUCACGCCAGAAUUUCUUCAAGAUAUUUACGAUGCCAUCAAGGACAAUGAGAUUAUAUUACCCGAUGAACACGACAACAAACAUGCUUUUGAGUAUGCCUGGAAAGAAUUAUUGAUGAAAACCAGCGAUGCAGGUACCUUGGAACUAUGCCGCACCAACACAUUCGAUGCAGAAAUGUUCAAAGCAACGUGGAAACCGAUUAUUGCAACGCUCUGCUAUGUUUUCAUGUCGGCUUCCGACGAUGCUGUAUUUUCCAGGAUUGUGGUUGGCUUUGACCAAUGUGCACAAAUUGCGGCCAAGUACGGCGUCACAGAGGCAUUCGAUCGAAUCAUCUACAGUAUCAGCCAGAUUAGUGGUUUGGCCUCAGAGAUACCUCCCAGUACUUCACUGAACACAGAGGUUCAGGUUGGGAAAAGGAGCAUCAUGGUCAGUGAGAUGGCCGUGAGACUUGGGCGAGAUUUCAAAGCACAAUUGUCAACCGUCUUGUUGUUCCGUAUCUUGUCAGGGCACGAAGACGCAGUAGGAGAGACAUGGAUAUAUGUCGUACGGAUCUUGAGAAAUCUCUUUGUCAACUCGCUCAUCACUUUGCCCAACGUUGAAAGCACGAAAUUUGCAGGUAUAGACUCAAUCCCACUUCAACCGCCAUCACACGUCGUCGACCGUGAUGGUAACCUCGCCGAGAGCGGCCUUUUCUCCACAUUUACAUCUUACUUGUCCAGCUACGCCGCAGAUGACCCCCCAGAACCCUCCGAAGAAGAAUUGGAGAACGCUCUCAGCUCUGUCGACUGCGUGAGGGCAUGCCAACCCGAUAAGAUUCUGAACCACAUGGCUUCUCUUCCUCCAAAUCAAAUUCAGAGUCUCGUAACAGCUUUGUUAUCUCAAAUGGAGGAUUCUUCGCCGGUGGUGACGGUAAAACCGGAAAGGCCUCUUCCAGUGACUCAGAGAGUCAAUGGCCAUCGCUUACCAAAGGCUGGACCCGAGUAUGAUCCGGGAACCAUUUUCCUCUUGGAGCUGGCUACCAUAUUGACUUUGAGGGAUGAAGAGACCACCGCUGCUGCUGGAGAAGCCUUGACGGGAUCUCUGCAGAAUGCUGUCAGGGAUGCCUCGAAUAUUCACCCCUUGGCACUGUCCAGGAUCGUCCAUUACCUUCUUGAGGUGCUGCGACAUGGCUAUACUUUCGACUUUAUACGCGCCCCUGUAGUCCUUCAUGCUAUUUCUAGCUUUGAUGAUGCUGUGUUGGACCGCACCGCAGCAGCGAUCACGCGAGACCUUGCCAGCUGCAUCGCUGUCCCCGGUGCCCUCACCAAUGAAAUCACAACAUCUCCAGAUUUCUGGUCGACUCUUCAGCGACUUCAUCAGCACAGAACCGAGGCCGAAAAGGUUUUCGCCAUUCUGACUACUCUUGCCACCUCUAUGCCCGCGACUGUGACAGCCGAUAAUUUUGAAUCUGUCAUCGGACUGGCCAAUGACUUUGCAGCUGCCGGAUCUAUCGGUUCGAUCCAAGAAAAGCGCCGGGACUUCGCAGCCAAGCGAGGCCACCAAGCUAACCCGGCCCGCGAGGAAGACGGUGCCGUCGUACAACGAGCGAACAAAGCCAUCAACCUGAUCUAUCAGCUUAAUGAUCGUGUUCCUGACCUCAUCGCUCAAUCACAUCUCGACCGCAAUGAAGCAUGGGCGGCAUACUGGUCACCCAUCUUCCGGGCGCUAUGUACGCAAUGUGUCAACCCAUGUCGUGAGAUCCGGCAUCGAGCUUUCUCAGCAUUACAACGCACAUUACUUUCUGACACUGUGGCAGACAAGGAACAACAUCAUGAAUGGAUAGCCAUGUUCGAUGAAGUCUUGUUCCCGUUGACUUUAAGGCUGUUGAAGCCCGAAAUCUAUCAGAUCGACCCCCCUGGAAUGAACGACACGCGAGCGUACGCUGCAAGCGUGCUCUGCAAAAUCUUCCUGCGAUAUCUUGACCGGCUCGUCGAGGUAGGCCGAAUGGGCGACGUGUGGAUCAAGGUAUUGGAACUACUUGACCGCCUGAUGAAUGCAGGCACUGAAGGUGACGCUUUGGCUGAAGCUGUGCUUGAAGGGGUAAAGAAUGUUCUCCUCGUCAUGGACGGGACUGGAUAUUUGGGUAGGGACAAUGCGGUUGUCCAACCUGGGGUGGUACCAUCACCACGUGCACAAACUCCUGCAGAGUCUGAAGACAAUAAUGAUGACGAAGAUGAAGAGAAAGUGGGAGAAGAAGAUCACAAGCAGCAAGAGCGCAAACUUGACGAUUCACGGAUCUGGCCAGAAACGGUGAGGAGGUUGGAUAGAUUCCUGCCGGGAUUGGUGCAGGAGUUGUUCCCUCCUGCGCCUGUGGAGACGGAACCUGAAGAAGCCGAGGGGACUGUGGACGAGGAGAAGGGGAGUGCGGACGAGGAGAGGGAGACUGUGGACGAGGAGAAGGAGACUGUGGAUGAUGAGAAGGAGACUGUGGGGCCUGAGGAGCAAUAG